ACUUCCGGCGUCGAUCUCCACCGCAUCCCAGCGACGUCACCCACCGGCAGCUGAUCUACUAACUGGUGUCAAUGGUUGCCUCAUAUAAGAUCAUUUGAGGGACGAGUGAAUGAAAGAAAGAGGAACGACUGUCAAUCCUUAAUAAAAGCACUCCAGUAUUGGGAUUCUGAUAUUUUUAUGUGAAGCAAGAAACUCGAGCAUCUGCAUAGUUGGUAAAAAUGGUUUCUCUUGAGAUGGAUGACCGAAAGAAGAUUGGGUUGGGCUUAACUGGCUUUGGUGUAUUUUUCACAUUCCUUGGGAUCAUCUUCUUCUUUGAGAAGGGGCUGCUAGCCAUUGGAAAUAUCCUCUUCAUUUCUGGAGUGUCCUUAACCAUCGGACUAAAAUCCACUAUGCAAUUCUUCAUGAAGAAGAGUAAUUUUAAGGGAACAGUUUCAUUUGGAAUUGGAUUCUUCAUUCUUGUGAUAGGAUGGCCUAUUUUGGGCAUGAUUCUCGAGGGUUAUGGGUUCAUCUUACUGUUCAGUGGAUUCUGGCCUACACUGGCUGUUUUUAUGCAGAAGAUUCCUAUUCUUGGCUGGUUGUUACAGCAGCCUCAUAUUCGUUCGAUGUUCGACAGCCAUAGAGGCAGACGGGUGCCGGUGUAACAUGGCGAUACGUGGGGCAAAGAAAUAAUAAUAUAGCUGAUAGCAACCGCACAGGGAAGUUGAUGUAUAGAAAAUGGCUGUCAUUUUGUGAUGAUAGUCAUUUAUUGGAAAGAAAACUGGAAAACGAAAAUCAUGGGGAUUGUCAGUUCUGCCAGCUCCAUGGUUUUCCUUAAGACAUCUAUAGGAAGCAUCGCUUUGGAGGAUCAUAGUGGCAUCUAUUCAGACCCUGACCCUAUAAAGGAGCAUAACCACUCCUCUAUGUGAUUUUGGUUUUCAGAUCAUGUUAGUCCAGCAAUCUAAGACUUACGAUCCUUUUUUUGCCCUCUAACUAGUUUAGGUCCCAUGAAUUACUUGGAGUACAAGAAAUAAGCUGUAUUAUUCAUGGCUAAGAGAGAGUGUGAUUUGUUAGAACUUUUAUGUUACAUGUAGAAUCCUUCUGUGAAACUGAUGUGUAGAUCUGAUUUUUAUUUAGGAUUUUA